UAGUAAAGGUACACAAAGAGGGGAAGUGAGCGUGAGCAAAACAAAAGCCAACAACUUUCUUCAUCCAACGCCUACAGAUCUAGUAGGUUCAUCAACUCUUUAGGAAACUCAACUACAAUGAACCGCCAAGGGAGAAAUGAGAGAAUCUACAACAGAAGGGAAAUCAUUGAUGAAAAUGAAACUAUCAUCCCACCUAUGUCAGUUGGAGCAGCACCAACACAGCACUCUUUUUCAACCUCAAGUUUGGUGAGUUCUAGAAGAGUAGGAGAAAUUUCCAGCAUUGCCAACAAUCAUUUAAGAGUGAAUAAUGAUGAUGUUUCUCUCUCUGAGUCAUAUGGAUUUGUUGUUCCAUAUAUGUAUGAUGCUCAAACUCAUAGGAGACGUUGUAUUGAUCUACCAAAUAAUAAUUUAUACUCAAGAAAUGUAAGGAACAUAAAUAUGAAUUUGUCCUCAAAUACUGUAGUUGAGAGUGGAAGCGUGUCUUCAACUAUGAAUGCAAUACAUAGUAGAGAAUAUUCUACAGACUUUGUGUUGGAUCAAGAUGUUCAUGUGCAUUUACCAUUAAAAAGAACAUCCACCAUGAGAGAAUUUGGUGAAGGUUCAAGCUCAAGUGGUCAAGCUAGACCUACUAGAGGGGAACAUAUUGGUCAAAGUUUCUCACAACAACCAAUGACAACUCAACAUGUUCAAGGAAUUAACUCCAUAUAUGCACCAAAUAUGAUCAAUCAUUAUCAUUUCCAAACCCUAAACAACAUGUCACCUUUACUUGGAAGGGGAAUCCCCUACCUUGGAAGUCUUCCAAUUCAUCCUCAACAAAAUGUUUUUAGUUUUGGUAAUAUUCAUCAACCAAAUGCUAUUGAAUGGACCCCUCAAAUCAAUCUCCAUCAACAAGAACAUCAUCAUGGUACUCAAACAAUUAUGUCCCCUCUUGUUCCAUCAACUACAAGUUCUAUAUUAGAGAAUCUACAACGUUCAAUCGCAACAACUCCUAUGAUUCAAGUUGGUGGUGGCAAUGCUGAACAACAACCCCUUCUUCAACAAACUCUUGAUACUGAACUGAUGAGACAAAUGGCUAUUGAAUGGGACCCUCAAGUCAAUCUCCAUCAACAAGAAUAUCAUCCUAGUACUCAAACAACGUUGUCACCUCAUGUUCCAUUUACUACAAGCUCUAUAAUAGAGAAUCUACAACGUUCAAUCGUGACAAGUGAUGAUAUGAUUCAAGUUGGUGGAAAUGUUGAACAACAACCACUCUUUAACCAAACUCUUGAUCCUCAACUGAUGAGAGAAGUGACACAAACUCAGGACGAUGCUACGAUCCUUAACGCCGAAGUUCUGUUUCAAAUCUUUGAGGAUAUGUACCGGCAGUGGAGACAAAGUCAAAACGAACAAGGGCUUACUGAGGAUGAAAUAAUAAACAACAUUAUCCAUGAAAAGUUUGAGGUCACAAUUGAAGGAGAUUUGGAAAAUAAAGAAGCGUGUUGCAUUUGUCGGGACCGAUUUAUAAAUGGAGAAGAGAUUGGAAAGUUGGAUUGUGGACACAUUUUUCACAUGGAUUGCAUCAAACUGUGGCUAGCGAGAAAAAAUUUAUGCCCCCUUUGCAAACGUAGGGGUUUAGUUUUUUAUUGAAGAAAUAAUUUAUGGUUGAGUACUUCAUGAAUAUUCUCUUGAAUUUCUGCAUUUUUUGUUUUUUUAAUUAAAUAUGGAUGUCUUUAAAUGUCAUUGUGACAUGGAUGACAUGAGAAAAAAUGACAUACAUUGCUCCUCCAAAAAUGGUUUGAUCUAGUUAUUAUGAUAUAUAUAUAUAUAUAUAUAUCAACUUGGAGGUUUAUCAAAUUAUCA